AUGUCAGGAGGAGGAAAUAUAAAGGUAGUAGUACGAUGUCGUCCGCUAAACUCUCGAGAGUUGGCGAGAGGUGCCAAGGGUCUGAUUCGCAUGGAAGGUAAUCAAACCAUCUUAGAUCCGCCAGAACAGACUGGACAAACUUCAGGUAGAGCAACGGAGAAGAAACCUAUGAACUUCUCCUUUGACAAAUCAUACUGGUCGGCUGGACCUCGAGAUGAUCCCAAAUACGCCUCGCAGCAGACUUUGUACGAUGAUUUAGGUGUGGAAUUGCUGGAUCAUAGUUUCGAAGGGUUCAAUACUUGUAUCUUUGCUUACGGCGCAGACAAAGGUAUCAUCCCCUUGACGACCUCUGAGCUAUUUAGACGGGUAGAACAGCGGUCUGAGAAGGAGUCGGCACUGUCAUAUACUGUCGAGGUAUCUUAUAUAGAGAUAUACAACGAAAAGGUACGAGACCUGCUCAAUCCGAAGAACAAGGGAAACCUGAAAGUUCGGGAACACCCAUCCCUAGGUCCUUAUGUGGAGGAUCUGAGUCGGCUGGUGGUGGAGAAUUACAAUCAGAUGAUGACCUUGAUGGACGAGGGUAACAAGGCUCGUACAGUCGCUUCGACCAACAUGAACGAAACUUCUUCCCGAUCACACGCGGUGUUUACUGUCAUUCUUACGCAAAAACGACAUGACCCUCAAACCAAUAUGACCGGAGAGAAGGUAUCGAAGAUAUCUUUGGUGGAUCUAGCAGGUAGCGAAAGGCAAGCUUCGACUGGUGCUACUGGGACGAGGCUGAAAGAGGGUGCCAACAUCAAUAAAUCGCUCACUACUCUCGGAAAAGUCAUUGCUGCCCUUGCUCAAGCUAGUACAGACCAUAGCAAGGGAAAGAAGAAAAAAGACGAUUUCGUGCCAUAUCGAGAUUCGGUGUUGACUUGGUUAUUGAAAGAGAGUUUGGGUGGAAAUUCAAAGACUGCUAUGAUUGCUGCUAUCUCAAUCUUCUGUGUCGUCGUUGAACUGUCGCUUACAUGGGAAUGGGCGACAGAUGAAGAGACUUUAAGUACUUUGCGAUAUGCGGACGCAGCCAAGAAGAUCAAAACCCAUGCUGUUGUCAACGAAGAUCCAAACGCCAAACUCAUUAGAGAGCUCAAAGAGGAACUCGAAUUACUCCGAAACCGUGUUUCGACCGGCGGAGGACUCGAUGAAGCUACCUAUGAUCCUGCAAUCCCACCUGAGAAGCAAAUUGUCACCUACAGAACUAAAGAAGGUGAAAUCAAGAAAGUCUCAAAGCUCGAAUUGCAAGAUCAGCUACAAGCGUCUGAGAAGCUCAUGGAAAGCUUGAACUUGACUUGGGAAGAGAAGAUGGAGAAAACACAGAAAAUACAUGUGGAGAGAGAGAAAGCGCUAGAAGAGCUUGGUAUCAGUAUAGACAAAGAUAUGGUCGGCGUACAUGCGCCGCAACGGCAUCCGUCUUUGGUCAAUCUGAAUGAGGACCCCCUCAUGUCGGAGUGCUUGAUAUAUCAACUGAAGCCGGGAACAACUGUGGCCGGGAGCGUUGAUGAUACCAAGGCCCACAUAAAGCUAUCGGGCGCUCAUAUACUACCCGAACACUGUAUAUUUACCAACGAAGAAGGCGUAGUGACAGUCGAAGCUAUGCCUGAUGCGCGGACGUUUGUAAAUGGGAAACGGGUACCGCCGAAGGCGCCCAUCAAAUUGCAGAAUGGCUUUCGGGUGAUACUGGGUGAUUUCCACGUUUUCCGGUUCAAUGAUCCAGCUUCUGUACGAGCUCAGCGACAAAAGCUGCAGGGUUCUGUCAGUAUCGAUAAUCUUUCUGGCGUCGUUGGUGGAAUCAGACCAGAUUUGCCCAGCAGUCGACCCGAUGCUGAAUUGAUGGACUGGACGGCUGCAAGGAGGGAAGUAGCGGAUAUCGAGAAGCUAGGUGAUCAUGAUCUUGACAGGCUGUUUGAUGAUAUCGUGAUGCGAACUCAACGAAAAAGACCUGAAAGCCGAUAUGAUAUAUCUGCGGAAUUGGAAUCUCGGUUGAUGUCAGCUUCAGAGACUCAGGAAUCUCUCGACCCAAGCAGUAACCCUUGGGCGAAUGGGCAAAUGGCCACGACCAUGACAUCGAACAGUGUUGGUACACCAGUCGCUCAGAAUAACGAUAAGUCUAAUCUGGAAGAAGGCUCUGAAGCUGGAACGGAACAUCCGUUACCGCAAAUAUCCCAAAUUCCCCCUGUUCAAAAGCCUUCUGAUUCUGCUUUGCAUCAAGAGCAUUUGACGAGGCAGCUCAAGACAAUGGCUCAGGAAGUGAAAAGAAUACGAUCUCAAGCUGCGGCUGCCCGAGCGAUGGAACAGACCUCGAUCGAACCUGCUAAUUGGACAUCUAGAGAGUUAAGACUGGUUCAAGACGCGGUGCGGAGAUGGAAACGGCUAAGGUUGUUUGCCAUGGCGGAGGAGAUCCUUAUGGGUGCUGUCAAUGUCAGAGAAGCGAAUGUCAUUGCCCGGGAGAUGGGUGAACAGGUCUCUUACAACUUCCUUAUAGUCGACGGUGUUGUCGCAUCACCUACUUCCUCACUGGACAAAUGCAACGGUAUAGUAGAGUUUGAGGAUGUGUCAGAUACUGUUACCUCGAAUACCGCAGGCGCAGCCGUGGUUAUCAAGGUGAUCGAUAAAGUAUCCCAAUCGAUCUACGUGUGGGAUUUACAUAGAUUCCAACAGCAGCUCUCCAAAAUGAGACGAUCUCUCGUGCUCAAGCAGAAUCCCAACUACUCGGUCCAUUUCCGGGUUGAUGGUACCUUCACCGAUACGCUUCCGCCUUCGUACUCAUUUGUUGGAUCUGCUAAAGCACCUCUUCGGCUGUUGGCGAAUCAACUAUCCUACACUACUACCGUACCCAUCGUAUGCCAGUAUACCAUGGAAGCGAUCGGUUCUUGUAGAGUCAACUUCAAGUCUUCUUCUCCGCCAUCAUCCGGCAUAGCAACACCUGAAUCCUCCUGGAUAUCUCUGAACAACGUUUUGACAGUCGGGAAUAAGCUCACCUUCACGAUCACUAUCGGCGGAGUCAAAGGCCUUUCCUCGGUAGAUUACGCUUCAAUCCAUGCGCAGACUCGACUUUCAUCCCUGGUCGGAUCUAGUGUCGUAUCGGAAGAUAUAUUCGCUUCUCUCCCAAUCGAUCUCGACAAGACGUCUGUCGCUCAUCUCAAUCUCAAAAGGACCAUCUCUGUGAUUCUCACAGAAGAGAUGAUCAGUCACAUACAGGGUAGCUAUGCAACGAUCGAAUUUUUCGCGAAGGUCCGUACAGAAUACCUCGAAAGGUUGGAGCGAUGGGAUAAGACCAGGGAAGCGAGUCCACCCGAUUCUAUCCCUGGUACUCCUAGAGAACUAGACGAGGUGAAACCUGCUAUGCGAAGAUGUGAGACGGAUUUUGUGGGACAUGAGCAUCAUGAUAUUCUCGCUUCAAUCGAGAUACGAGAGUUAGCUUCGAAUGGUGAUUAUAUACCUUGCGAAGUGUUCGAUGAUAUCUUUCAACUUCAUCAAGGCUUACAACGUCGACUGCAUGUCAAGCUUACCCAUUCAUCUGGGAAAGCGUUCCCGUGGGAGAGAAUCCAGCAUCUCAGUACGAGCGAUAUCCGUGUGGUCGAUAAAAGCAAUAUAUCGAGUAUUAGCAAAUCCCAUGUAGAGAUGCGGUUGAAUACUCAAGAUAUAAAUCAUCUACCUGACGGGACGUCGGUACUGGAAGGGUCGGGAGUAUGGGACACAUCUUCUCAUGGAUGUAAACAGCUAGAUCGACGUACACCUUCAGACCAAUAUUUACUCCUCAAGUUGAGCUUUUUGGUCGAUGUUCAAACUUUGGAUGAACCUGCGAUCUUACGGAUGGAUCUGAGAGUUAAGAUACUGGGCAGAGAUUCCAGAAGAUCUUCAAUUUUCUCUACAAUAUUCGCAUCUACCAAGAUAUACAAUUCGGUCACAUCCAUCUUUGCCAUUGAUCUCACACCGCCUAUAGCGAGAUCAACCGAUGACCUGUGGAGAUUGGAUACGUCCAAGAAACACGUCAAAGGUGAAGAAGUAUUAAAAGGCGAAUGGAGACCUAGAAGUUUAAGUUUGAUUGAGGAUUUUAUGAAGAUGCAAAGGACAAUUAGGAAUCUGGCUGAUGUUCAGGCGACUCAAUCGAUAUUGGAGGUGAUGGGGGACAUAGAGAGGAAGGAUCUUGAUAAAGAUGAGAGAGCGAGGUUAAUGAAGAGGUGUUUGGAGUUGUGGAAGAUGGAAAUGGAUCAAAGGAUUAUAAUUAAUGUCAAAAGGGAAACACCCGAGGAAGAAGCUGUAGCUCGUAAAUUGAGGAAACUUCUGCCUGACUUAGAACCGAAAUUGGUACCUACGGUGAAUAUACAGCCUAAAGUUGAGACUGUGAUAAGAAGUGGACCUUUGGUGUUGCUGAGAGAUUCUCAGAAUAAUCAAUGGUCGAAAUUGAUUUUUGUGCUAAGGAGGCCAUAUCUCCAUAUACAUGAAACGCCAAACUCGAGAGAAUUCCAAAUUAUCAAUCUAUCCAAGGCGAAUGUAACUCCCAGUCCAGAUGUAGAGAUGCUUCUUGGUCGAAAGAAUGCUUUUACCAUUUUUACACCAACCAAUUCGUAUAUCCUACAAGCUGCUUCGGAGAAGGAUAUGAGAGAUUGGAUUGGGGUGAUCAGUACGAGUAGUGAAUUAUGA